AUGGAUAUAGGCGUUCGAGGCAAGGAGCUCACUGAAACUUUGAAAGUGACUCAACAAAGGCGAUUUCAAACCGUUAAAAAUAAGGAAAAUGGGUCGUAUUUGAACUCAAGCCAGGAGACGUCGAACGCCAUUUUUUCACGUGCGAACAACUGUUCUAAAGGUCCAAUACGACAACCAAAGCGCAGAAAAUUGUGGUGUAAGCCCUGCCAUCCAUCAACUUCAACGGCCUCACCGAAUAUUCAUGACACGAAGCUAAUGGUGUGGAUCUGGUGGGAUCAGCUCGGGUUGAUCUCCUAUGAACCACUCCAGUCUAACGAAACCAUCAGUGGUGAACGUUACCAUCAGCAGUUGAUUCAACACUACACCGCUCGUUCACAUGUUGGAAAAAUCGUUCGAAGGAAUUUUGAAGACGCUUCAAUUGGAUAUCCUACCCCAUCCGCAUCCAUAUUCAUCAGACGUUCCCUCUUCCCACCACUACCUGUUCUGGUCGAUGACUUAUGGGCUCAUCUGGCCGAACAGCACUUCACUUCCUGCGAAGAAGCCAAAAAUUGGAUCGAUUCCUGA